GAUUUAGGAGAGUAUAAAUAGAGAGUCUGCUUUGGCUCUGAUCAGUUGUGUGAAGAACUUCAAGUAAAGAGAAGCAAGAAAACUGAAAGUUCGUUGUUUAAAACUUUAUGAAAAUGUUGGCAAAGUUAUCUGUUCUUGUCCUGUUCCAAAUCAUCGCAAUCACAUAUGGUGGUGUACUAUCCUUUGCAAACUCAGAUGAUGAUGACGAUUGCACUGGCUGGUUUGUUAAUUGUACGACACACGAGGAAUGCUGUGGUUACAUGAGAUGCAUUGAUGCUGGUGAUCGUCAGAUCUGUGCUUUUGGCACGGACAAUCCACAGACUAAUAAUAAACCAGGCGAAGCUAUCCAGCCACCGAUCGACAUCAUAAAUGAUCUUGGUUGCAGUUUGUACGGACAAUCUUGUAAGGAUCAGAAUUGCUGUGCUCCUCAUGUUUGCUCUUCUGAUUGGACAUGUAAGGAGAAAGAAAUGGAUUUUUGGGGAAUAGGUAUACCUGGGGCUGGGUAUCUUGGAAAAUAAAACAUCUUCCUUUCUGAGAACGGAACGACUACCAUGCGUGAACCAUGGCGAGCAUGCAUGGGUAAACGCAUGAUCACGCCAGUGCACUGACCUAAACAUCAUCUGGAAAGUGUUUUUUUAGACCUAGAAAAGUUAUACCUCUUAGUUCAACAUAUUGUAUGUACAUUUAGAGUAAAAUGUAUGUAGAGAUCAGUGGUCGAAACACUGUCUAAAUGUGUGCAUAAUAUAUUAUCAAUGAAUAAUAAUUUGAAACAU